GGGAUGGCGGUCUGUGAUGUCUACUCGGCGAUUCAAGAGUUUCUGCAGGUCCAAACCUGCAGGGCACAGCUGUAUUCACGCUUCCAGGAUGGUUUUAAAACCUUUAUCCGCACUAGGCACGAGGGACCGUAUAAGGCCCUUUUGUCGGAGCUGACCUUGGCUUUCAAUGACUGCUCUAAAAAGGUUAUUGGCCUUGAGAGUGCGCUCCAGGAGAUGGGUCGUGCCGACCUGGCUGCCACGUUGCGUACUGUUCAGGAGUCCGAGCGCGAUAAGCUGCGAUUGACACUGACUCUACAGGCGUUGAAGCAGGCAGCAGCUUUUCGAACUUUCAGCUGGCAGCAGCAGCGACAGCGUAAAGGCGACCAGCACCAGCAACAAGGUGGCGGUGAAGAUAGUGGUUGGUACGGAUACAGUACAGAGCUAUAUGAGGAUGAGGAUGGUGACGCGCUCGCGCUUUUGGACCCUCUCGAGGCUGCUGCCCGCCACGGGGGUGGCUGUGCACACGGACACGGGCACGGGCAUGGAAGUUCGAACGGAAACGGGCACGUUCACGGGCAUGGGCCGACUGAAGCGCCACCUGCAUCUGCCGGCUCUACCGGUGUACUUCCUUCUGCUACAACUUAUACAACUGCCUCUUUGGCGGUUUCGGAGGCAGCGGGGGGACCUGGGGGGGGACCUGCGGGGUCCAGCAGUGGAUGUGGUGGAAGCGGUUGCGGCGGGGCGGUUCCGGAGCCCACCCGCCGGGAGUUUCAGGCGGCAGUUAAGGAGGCUAUGCAGGAUCUCGACGCUUGCAUCCAGACGAUCAACGAAGCUAUUGGUGAGCUGAGUAGCGAGAUGAGGCCCCUCUCCGGCGGUGACACCCCUGGGUGA